UAAAACACCAGGUGCCAAGGGCAUCCAUCAGAGCAUCUUGAUUCAAGAGGGAAGAAGCCACCAGCUCCUCUUCAUUUCCUAAUUUUAUCCAAAGAGUACUCUCUGGAAAUGGCCUCAGAAAUCCACAUGAAAGGCCCAGUGUGCCUCAUCAAGAACUCUGGUGAGCAGUUGGAGGUCUACCAGGAAGCACUGGACAUCCUGUCUGCUAUCCAAAAUCCUGUAGUGGUCGUAGCAAUAGUGGGCUUCUACCACACAGGCAAAUCCUAUCUGAUGAAUAAGCUGGCUGGAAAACAGAAGGGCUUCUCCCUGGGCUCCACUGUGCAGUCUCACACCAAGGGCAUCUGGAUGUGGUGCAUGCCUCAUCCCCAGAAGCCAGAACAUACCCUCGUUCUGCUUGACACUGAGGGCCUGAAAGACAUGCAGAAGGGUGACAACCAGAAUGACUGCUGGAUCUUUGCCUUGGCCGUCCUCCUCAGCAGCACCUUCAUCUACAACAGCAUAGGAACCAUCAACCAGCAGGCCCUGGACCAGCUGCAUUAUCUGACAGAACAGACUGAUCUAAUCAAAUCAAAGUCAUCACCUCAACAGAGUGAUGUAGACAACUCAGCUAACUUCGUGGGCUUUUUUCCUGUCUUUGUGUGGACUCUGAGGGAUUUCUCCCUGGAUCUGGAAAUUAAUGGAAUAUCCAUCACUCCUGAUGAGUACCUAGAGACUUCACUGGCUCUGAGAAAAGGAACUGAUGAGAACACUAAAAAAUUUAAUAUGCCUCGACUGUGUAUCAGGAAGUUAUUCCCAAAGAGGAAGUGCUUCAUCUUUGACAGGCCCGGAGACAGGAGGCAACUUUCCAAACUAGAGUCAAUACAGGAGGACCAGCUGAAUAAAGAAUUUGUAGAACAAGUUGCAGAAUUCACCUCAUACAUCUUCAGCUAUUCUGAUGUCAAGACUCUGUCUGGUGGCAUUAGAGUCAAUGGACCACGUCUAAAAAGCCUGGUGCAGACCUAUGUCAGUGCCAUCUGCAGUAGAGAUCUCGCCUUCGAGGAGAGUGCUGUUCUGACUUUGGCCCAAAUAAAGAACUCAGCAGCAGUGCAAAAAGCCAUCGCCUACUACGAAGAACAGAUGAAUCAGAAGAUCCACAUGCCCACAGAAACCCUACAGGAGCUGCUGGACAUGCACAGGACCUUUGAGAGGGAGGCCAUUGAGGUCUUCAUGAAGAAUUCUUUCAAGGAUGUAGACCAACAGUUCCAGGAAGAAUUAGGGGCCCAGCUGGAAGCCAAGCGAGAUGCCUUUGUUAAGAAGAACAUGGACAUGUCAUCUGCUCAUUGCUCAGACUUACUGGAGGGCCUCUUUGGUCAUCUGGAAGAAGAAGUGAAGCAGGGGACAUUUUAUAAACCAGGAGGUUACUACCUUUUUCUUCAAAGGAAACAAGAGCUGAAGAAAAAGUAUAUCCAGAUUGCUGGAAAGGGACUCCAGGCUGAAGUGAUGCUGAGAAAAUACUUUGAGUCCAAGGAGGAUUUGGCUGAUACACUUCUAAAGAUGGACCAGUCACUCACAGAAAAGGAAAAGCAGAUUGAAGUGGAACGUAUAAAAGCAGAAGCCGCAGAGGCAGCAAACAGAGCAUUGGCGGAAAUGCAAAAGAAGCACGAGCUGCUGAUGGAACAGAAAGAACAGAGUUAUCAAGAGCACAUGAAACAGCUGACUGAGAAGAUGGAGCAGGAACGGAAAGAGUUAAUGGCAGAGCAACAAAGAAUCAUAUCCCUUAAACUUCAGGAACAGGAAAGACUUCUCAAGGAAGGAUUCCAGAAUGAGAGCUUGCAACUACGUCAAGAGAUAGAGAAAAUCAAGAACAUGCCUCCACCUUCACCAUGCUCCAUACUUUAAAAUUUGAACAGACUAAAGCUCUCUACCCUGUUUCCACUCAUCAAGGAAUAAACUUUGGACACAGCUUUGGACAGUGACACAGCUUGGCACUGAAUGAGACUUGAACACAGUGACACUUUAUUAGGAAGAAGCGAGAAAUAAAGUUCACAAAGUGGAGUUUAUAUGUGAAAAGAAUGUUUGGCUUAUGAGGUGACUCAGUUCAUGUUUGUGUUAGAAGUAAAGAUUCAUGUGAUUUUUAAUCGGUCUUAUAUUUGAUACUGUAAACAUGGACUCUGUAGACAUACUAAAUUGUAUUGUUGGGAUUGGUUUUUACAACACAGUGAUAUGGCACCUCUGUUCGGUUAAGACCUUUUUGAUUCACACAUACCCUUUCUGGAUAUUCUUAGUCAUGUGCUCAUAAGGAAUUCAAAGAUGUAGCUUGCCCUAAGCUGGGAUUGGCAUGUUGUAAACAUGAUAAAAGUCUGAACAUAACCAUAGGACACAGCUCCUAGGGUCUCAUGAUGUCUGCAGACAUUGGUUCCCAGGGUAGACAAUGGGCAGUGCUCAAUGUGGGAAGGCUCUGUGGCUGCUGGGAGAGCAGAGAAACUCAUUGGAGAGUGGGAGAAAUUUCCCUCCAGACAGAAUGCAUAGGUGAGUGGGAGUUGCACCUCCCCCAUUUAGAGAACUUCUUGUUUUCUUUCAUGCUCCAGCCUACUGUGUUUCCUUAAUAAUCUCUCUUUUUAUUUUCUAAAAACACUUUCUCCUUAUAAGAGUUUUAGAAUGACUUCUACAAUCACAGAAUGGAGAACUCAAAAUAAAUUUCGUUCUAUUCCUGUGAGGCUCAUGAUCACAGUGCCACCUCUUGUGAAACCAACCUUCAUUUUUAUCUUUCUUUUGCUGCUAUGACAUGAUUUGCAUAUCUCUGAGGAUAAAUGCCUUCUACAAUGUGGCAGAAGCACGGGUUAAGUGAAAGCUGUUAAUAAAAAUGAUCAAGC